GGACGCGGCCGUUGGGGUUCAGUCUAUAGCAGUGAAGGAGGCGGUGUGAGCAGAGCAGGGGGAAGGAACCUCAGAAGGUACAGAAAGCCGGUUAAACUCACAGUUACAGUGACGACAGACUGAGUGAUGAGGGGAAAGAGCGCCACCUACCCACCCAGAGAGAGAGAGAGAGAGAGAGCAAGGCCAAUUGUGCUCUCUUAGGGCUCCAGCAGCUGAUGGCAAGCUGCAUGACUGGGAUUUGAACCAGCGAUCUCCCAAUCCUUAGUCCGCUGGACCACUCUGUGCCCCUGCUGGAUUUGAAAUUUGUAAAUGGACACUUUCGUAAAAUUUUAGUGUAAAGAUGUCUCGACCGAACGCUGGCUCCCACAAACCGAACAGGAGUUCCUCUAAACAGUCGGACUCACUGAGAUCAAAAGGCCUGAAAGACAUCAGGAUUGAUGAAGAGGUUAAAAUAGCUGUAAACAUAGCUCUGGAGAGGUUUCAGUACAGUGAAGAGAAAGAAAUGGAGUUUCCUUCAUCCUUUACCAACUCAGAAAGAGCUUUUGUACAUCGGCUUGCUCAGUCCCUGGGCUACAUUUCCAAAAGCAGAGGUAAAGGAUCUAACCGGUUUCUCACUAUAUGGAAGAAGGAUGGCUCAGAAGCUGCUCAGUCCAUUAUGACCUUUUCAUUCACUGCCAAUUCCAAGCAUGUGGUGAGAAACCUGCUGCAGAGGUUUCCCAUCACGAGUAAAGAGCGCACUGAUCUGCUCCCACGCACUGAUAGAGGCCUGUCUCUUUCCCUGGACACUGGUGACGGUAGUCGAGACAAAAACAGGACCAAUGGCAGGCUGCAGAAGGGCCUUCCCCAAGUGCCUCAGAGAAGAGGACCAUCAGAGCUGGAGAGUUUCCGGCGGACUCUGCCCGUCUACGAACGCCAAGAGGAGAUUGUGGCAACUAUUAAGGAGAACCAGGUGGUGCUGGUUGUGGGUGAGACAGGCUCAGGCAAAACCACUCAGAUUCCUCAGUUCUUGCUGGAUGACAGCUACCAGAAAGGAAUACCAUGCAGAAUCUUUUGCACCCAGCCCCGGAGAUUAGCCGCUAUCGCAGUGGCAGAGCGUGUGGCCGCAGAGCGAGGAGAAAGUAUCGGCCAGACUGUUGGCUACCAGAUCCGCCUGGAGAGCAGAGUUUCUCCCAAAACCUUACUGACGUUCUGCACAAGUGGUGUCUUGCUCAGAACCCUGAUGUCUGGGGAUGCCACCCUCUCCACGGUCACGCAUGUUAUUGUGGACGAGGUUCAUGAGCGGGACGGCCUGACAGAUUUCCUCCUGACGAAGAUGCGGGACAUGCUGCAGAAAAUGCCCUCUCUAAAACUCAUCCUGUCCAGUGCUGCUCUGGAUGUGGACCUGUUCAUCAGAUACUUUGGCAAAUGCCCAAUUAUUCACAUCAAAGGGCGACCAUAUGAUGUCAAACCGCUCUAUCUGGAGGACAUCCUGAGGACCACAAGCUACAUGAACAAGGACAUGGUCAGAUAUAAGAAAGAGAUGCAGAAAGAGGAGAAGCAGCAGACGUCUCUGACGGAGUGGUGUGAGGUGAAGGAGGGAGUUUCUCGGCCGGAGCCUCAGAGAGACCGACGUCCCGCCUGCGUCCUGCAGGAGAACGACCUGCUGUAUGAUGGAGGGGACAGUGUCUUCAGCCAGCUGAAUGAGAAAGACGUGGCCUCGCUGGAGCCAUGGCUGCUGAAAGAAAUGGACACCUGCAUCUCGGAGAUCUUCUUGGAGCAGGAUGCAGACGCAUUCGUCCAGCUUUUCAACCUCAUUCUUAAUGAAAACAUCAGUGUGGACUACAGGCACAGCGAGACGAGUGCCACAGCUCUGAUGGUGGCUGCAGGGAGAGGUUUCAUCUGCCAGACGGAGCAGCUCCUUAGCAUGGGAGCUAAUGUGCACAUCAAAGCCUCCAACGGCUGGACGGCACUUGAUUGGGCCAAACAUUUCAACCAAACUGAAGCGGUGGAUCUGCUGGAAUCACAUAUCUCCUCUCUGGAGGCAGGCCAGCUGGACGAGUCAUCCUUGUUGCAGUCGUCCAGUGGGGAGCUGAGUGCUGAGGACCAGGAGCUGCUGAAGGCUUACCACCACAGCUUUGAUGAUGAGAAGGUGGAUCUGGACCUCAUCAUGCAUCUGCUCUACAGCAUCUGUCAAAGCUCUGAUGAAGGCGCAGUUCUGAUAUUUUUACCUGGUUAUGAUGAGAUAGUCGGACUGCGAGACCGCAUUCUUUUUGAUGACAAGAGAUUUGCAGAACAUCAGCACAGGUACCAAGUAUUCACACUUCACUCCAACAUGCAGACCUCAGACCAGAGGAAAGUCUUGAAACCGGCUCCAAGUGGAGUUCGCAAAAUUAUUCUUUCCACAAACAUCGCAGAGACAAGCAUCACGGUGAAUGACGUGGUGUUUGUCAUCGACUCUGGGAAAGUAAAAGAGAAAGCUUUUGAUGCUCUGAAUCAUGUGACCAUGCUGAAAAUGGUUUGGAUAUCGAAGGCAAGCGCUUUACAGCGAAGGGGAAGAGCUGGACGCUGCAGACCAGGAAUCUGUUUUCACCUGUUCAGUCGACUGCGGUUCAAAAACAUGCUGGAGCACCAGGUUCCUCAGCUGCUGCGUAUGCCUCUGCAGGAACUCUGUCUCCACACUAAACUCCUUGCUCCCAUCGACUGCUCUAUUGCUGAGUUUCUGUCCAAAGCUCCAGAGCCACCACACCUGAUGACUGUGAAGAAUGCAGUGCAGAUGCUGAAGACUAUAGAUGCCAUGGAUCCGUGGGAGGACCUUACAGAGCUGGGGUAUCACCUGGCUGACCUUCCUGUGGAGCCACACCUGGGGAAGAUGGUGCUGUGUGCGGUGGUGCUCAAGUGCCUGGACCCCAUCCUCACCAUCGCCUGCACUCUGGCCUACAGGGACCCGUUCGUGCUUCCUGCUCAGGCUUCACAGAAACGAGCAGCCAUGCUGUGCAGGAAGCGCUUUGCUGCCAACACCUUCAGUGACCACAUGGCCCUGCUUCGGGCCUUUCAGGCCUGGCAGAAGGCUCGUGCUGAUGGCUGGGAGAGAUCUUUCUGCGAAAAUAACUUUCUAUCUCAGGCUACGAUGGAGAUCAUUAUCGGGCUGCGCACUCAGCUGCUGGGCCAGCUCCGAGCCAUAGGCUUUGUGCGAGCUCGAGGAGGUGGUGAUAUCCGGGAUGUUAAUCUGAACUCUGAGAACUGGGCGGUAGUGAAGGCUGCACUGGUGGCUGGGAUGUACCCCAACCUGACCCACGUGGACCGGGAGAGCCUGACUCUUAAAGGAGCCAAGGAGAAGAAGGUCCGCUUCCACCCUACAUCUGUCCUCAGCCAGCCGCAAUUUAAGAAGAUCCCUCCAGCUAAUGCCCAGGCAGCAGCAGUUCAGUCCCUGCCCUCUGAUUGGCUAAUCUAUGAUGAGAUGACGCGGGCGCACAGGAUAGCCAGUGUGCGGUGCUGCACUGCGGUCUCUCCGCUCACCGUGGCUGUGUUCGGAGGGAGUGCCAGACUGCCCAGCACUGCCUUCCAGGAGCCUACUAUGGCCAAAGCUGUAAAUGAUUCUGUGAACGAGAGCAGUGACAGCGAGAUGGAGGAUCGCUCCACAGCUCAUCUGGCCCAGAUCAAGAUCGAUGAGUGGAUCAACUUCAAGUUGGAUAGAGAGAUGGCAGACCUGGUGUUCCAGCUCAGGCUGCGAUGGCAGGGUCUUUUCCUCCGGAGGAUCCGUUUCCCCUCUAAGCAGUGGUCUCAGCUGGACGAGGCCACCAUCCGGACCCUUGUCUCGGUGCUGUCCGCUGAGGAGCAGGUAACCGGCCUUCAGCAGCCCGCGGGAAUCGGGCAGAGGCCCAAGCCUAUGCCUUCAGAUAAGUCUCCUCCGGGCUCCACCUGGAAGAGCACCAAUAGCCGCCGGGGCUUCAUGGAGUCAGAGCUGGACGAGGAGGCGCCGGGGUGUGGAGACAGGUCUUCAAGACAGUCUCCCACUCCCUCUCAGUCUAAACACUACAGAGAUAAGGGUGCUGCUCACCACAAGCGCAGUGCUGAUGAUCGUCUCUCAGUAAAGUCAGAUAGCCCCAGCUUUAACACCCCCUGCGCCAGCCCCUCCUCUACCUCCUCAGGAAAGUGCUCCAAGUCUCCGCCCCAAAGGCCUCCCGCUCCUGUCCGUUAUUUCAUCAUGAAGAGCAGCAAUAUGAGGAACAUCGAGCUCUCACAGCAGAGGAGCAUCUGGUCCACCACGCCCAACAACGAGCACAAACUUAACCGAGCCUUCCAGGAAAGCAGCAUGGUCUUCCUCAUCUUCUCUGUACAAGGAUCAGGACACUUCCAGGGCUAUGCCAGGAUGAGUUCAGAGAUUGGUUUAGAGCGCUGCCAGGACUGGGGGUCCUCCGGGCUGGGAGGGGUCUUCAGGGUUGAAUGGAUCCAUAAAGAGAGCCUCCCUUUCCAGUUCACACACCAAGUUUUCAACCCCUGGAACGACAACAAGAAAGUGCAGAUCAGCCGAGAUGGACAGGAGUUGGAGCCACAGGCUGGAGCGCAGCUUCUGCAGCUUUGGGAUCGCAUCUCCACCAAACAGCAGCACGAGCUUUGAAGCUCUCCCUACUAUGCCCUGUGACCUCAUCAGCUAACCAGAAGAAGUAGCACUGAAACAGGACAUCAACGACAUUCAGUCUCGUUCAUGCUUUAACAUGUUUUACUUAAUUCACGUCCUCCACAUAUGUAGCAUUUGAUUCACAGAGAACAGGGACAGUUUUUAGAGGCACAAUUGAUUUUACUUGCUGUGCAAAUGUUCCUUUGCUGUCUAUGAUGGCUUGCACAGACAUAAACUAACACUAAGUUAAUGUUGUGAAGUUUCUCAUCAUAAUGUGAAUUAUUUUGAGUUUGAGGUUGACCCACUGAGAAGGUUUAGCGUGUUUAAAUAAGUGCAUCGAAUGAGUGAAUCACUGAAAAAUGCAUUUUACUCAAAAUGUGCUCAGUGUUUGACGUCGUAGCUUCUUUAAUGUUGCACUGGAGCUUCCAGGCUAUUGUAGGAGAACAGUGUUUCUCUACUGUGGUACUGUGGAGGCCUACUGUCCUGCACAUUUUAGUAGUUUUCUUGCUGUAACACACCCAGUUUAACUCAAUAAUGGGCUGAUAGUGAGCUUAUUAGUUGGAUCAGGUGUGUUAAGAGGUGGAAAAACACUGAAAAGUGCAGGGCAAUGGAUCUCCAAGACCAGGGUUAAAAGAUUUUUAGUGACAGACUUCCAUUACAUUUUCAUUAAUGUAGCACCAUAGCAUCUGAUUAAAAAUGAAGACCCUGCCAUUACAUAUCUGAAUAUUUUUCAAAACAGAAGUUAUUUCUGUGAUUUGAGCUGCACCCUACAUAUGGAGUAUUGUGCAGUUUUUUGUUUUGAGGGAUUUGGAUUUAAAUAUGUCGAAUACAUGUGGACCCAACUUGUCUUAGCUGAUCUAAAUUUUGGUUUAGGAGAAAUCUAUCUAAAUGUCAUUUUUAAGUGAAUUCAUCAUUCUGUUGGAACUGAUUUAAUAUGAAAGGUGUGAAUCAAAAAGUCAAAAACAUGCGUCAUAUACAUUAAAUAUAUAACAAAUAUUUGAUUGUAAGGAGUUGAAACAUGACAUAUCGCAUGGUACUCCCUUUUAUUCUCAUUUCCUCUGUAAAAUAUGUUCGUGAGUAUAUUUAGUGAUUUUUUUUUCAUUGAAAAUGAAGGAAAGUCUGGUCAAUUCUUGACCAAAAAGCUGCAGGCCAGUGUUUGGUUCAUCUCUCAGCUUGUUUAUUUUACAUUUAAGCACUUGAAAAUGUCCAUGUUUAUGGAUUUCUUGUUUUAUUGUGCUACAGAAAUAAGUCAAUUUGAUGUGAGAUGCAAUGUUUGCCUGUUUUAUGGCAGAUUUCAGGUUGUAUGAAAUAAUUAAUUAUUCAUAGUUAAUAAAGUUCAUUGUUUGUUUCAA